UUGCGGGCCGGUGAAGUUCUUUCUGUUCGGCGGAACUCGUUUGGCACAUCACACACGCUCAGAACGCGAGCGCUUUGGAGAACAAUAUGAGAGUGUUUCUCGUAGCCCUGCUGGCUACGUUGGCGCUCGCGCAAGCCCUGGUGAAGGAGGAGAUUCAAGCCAAAGAGUAUUUGGAGAAUCUGAACAAGGAGCUGGCCAAGCGCACCAACGUGGAGACAGAGGCUUCCUGGGCGUAUGCUUCGAACAUCAACGAUGAGAACGAAAAGAAAAAGAACGAGAUCUCUGCUGAGUUGGCAAAAUUCAUGAAGGAGGUGUCAAGCGAUAUACAGAAAUUCCAGUGGCGCAGUUACCAGUCGGAGGAUAUCAAGAGACAAUUCAAGGCUCUGUCUAAGCUCGGAUAUGCCGCCCUGCCCGAGGCGGAGUAUACCGAUUUCUUGGAAACCAUAUCCGCCAUGGAAUCGAACUUUGCCAAAGUGAAGGUCUGCGACUACAAGGACAAGUCGAAAUGUGAUCUGGCCCUGGAGCCAGAGAUAGAAGAGAUCAUCAGCAAGAGCCGGGACCACGAGGAGCUCAAGUACUACUGGCGCGAGUUCUACGACAAGGCAGGCACGGCCGUGCGCUCCAAUUUCGAGCGCUAUGUGGAGCUGAACACCAAGGCUGCCAAACUGAACAAUUUCACCUCUGGCGCUGAGCUCUGGCUGGAUGAGUACGAGGACGACACCUUCGAACAGCAGUUGGAUAACAUCUUCGCCGAAAUCCGCCCGCUCUACGAACAGAUCCAUGGCUAUGUGCGCUACCGCCUGAGGAAGUAUUACGGCAACGAGGUGGUCUCUGAGAACGGACCCAUUCCCAUGCAUCUUCUUGGCAACAUGUGGGCGCAGCAAUGGUCUGAGAUCGCGGACAUUGUUUCUCCCUUCCCCGAGAAGCCACUGGUGGAUGUUACCGAAGAAAUGGAGAAACAAGGAUAUACCCCCCUCAAGAUGUUCCAAAUGGGCGAUGACUUUUUCACCUCGAUGAACCUCACCAAAUUGCCGAAGGAUUUCUGGGACAAGUCUAUCAUCGAGAAGCCUACGGAUGGUCGCGACUUGAUAUGCCAUGCCAGCGCCUGGGACUUUUACCUUCAGGACGAUGUCCGCAUCAAGCAGUGCACCCGCGUCACCCAGGAUCAACUUUUCACAGUCCACCACGAGCUGGGACAUAUUCAGUAUUUCCUUCAGUAUCAGCACCUACCCUUUGUCUAUCGGACCGGGGCUAAUCCUGGCUUCCAUGAAGCCGUUGGGGAUGUGCUCUCCCUGUCCGUGUCCACGCCCAAGCAUCUGGAGAAGAUCGGCCUGCUGUCGAACUAUGUUCGCGAUGACGAGGCCCGGAUCAACCAGCUCUUCCUCACGGCUCUGGACAAGAUCGUGUUCCUUCCGUUUGCUUUCACCAUGGACAAGUACCGAUGGGCGCUGUUCCGCGGGGAGGUCGAGAAGGCAAAUUGGAACUGUGAGUUCUGGAAGCUGCGUGAGCAGUACUCCGGCAUCGAGCCUCCGGUUGUGCGUAGCGAGAAAGACUUCGACCCCCCCGCCAAAUAUCAUGUCUCAGCGGAUGUCGAGUAUCUGAGGUACCUGGUCUCCUUCAUCAUCCAGUUCCAGUUCUACAAGUCCGCCUGCAUUAAGGCUGGUCAAUACGAUACCAACAAUGCGGAGCUGCCCCUUGACAACUGUGAUAUCUACGGCAGUGCAGCAGCAGGCGAAGCCUUCCAUAACAUGCUCUCUAUGGGUGCCUCCAAGCCCUGGCCCGAUGCACUGGAGGCCUUCAACGGGGAGCGCAUCAUGAGUGGCAAGGCCAUUGCCGAAUACUUCGAACCCCUUCGCGUCUGGCUGGAGGCGGAGAACAUCAAGAACAGUGUUCACAUCGGCUGGACCGCUUCAGAUAAGUGUGUGGCCUCUUAAUUAAAAUACCUUCUGUUCUCUCACAGUUCAUUGCUCAAUAAAGUUUAUAAUUGCCUUACCAGUUUUAAAUUAUUUA